AUGUAUAUUCUGACAAUUACAACGAUCUUUACGGCGCUGGCUACUUUGACGGUCAUUCUCCGGCUAUUCACUCGAUUCUACCUCAUCAAGUCGCCUGGGUUUGACGAUGUGUUGGUCGUGGGAGCCACGAUCACAAAUAUCGUAUACUACGCACUGGUGCUAGUCGAACGCAAAUAUGGCCUUGGUGUGCCCCAACCCGAGUUAUCCGACGAAACAAUCCAGGGCCAACUAUACUAUCUCUGGCUCGCAAUCCCGUUCUACAACCUCAGCUUGAUCCUAGCCAAGCUCUCCGCUCUGUGCCUCUUCGUCCGCCUCUUUCGCUCCCGCUUCCUUGUACGGACCAGCUAUAUCUCGAUGGGAUUUCUCGUCAUCGUGGGACUAUGGAUGCUCUGCAGUGGAUUCUUCGGAUGUGUGCCUAUACAUUAUUUCUGGUCGCUAUCUGAUCAAGAGCGCAAAGAUCAUUGCAUGUCUAUGGAUGUAGUAUGGCUGUUCAACGCGGCAGUCCAUAUCUUCUCAGACGUGGUCAUUUUGAUUCUGCCCAUGCCUCAAUUAUGGAAACUGCAGAUUCCAAGACAGUUGAAACUGGGCAUUUUCACAGUCUUCGGGCUUGGAAUCUGUGUCAUUGCUACCAGCUCCGUUCGCCUGUACUAUCUCACAGACCUCACAGUCCACGGAGGCAACUUCACCAAAAUAAACUCCAAAGCAGCCGUCUGGUCCUCCCUCGAAGCAAACAUCUCCAUAAUCUGCGUCUGCCUACCCCCACUACACCCCCUCCUCUCCCGCGUCUUCUCACUCUGCUUCCUCCCCCAACCCCUACACUCAUCCCCAGCAACCCGCACCCACUCCCACACAACCCAAUUAACAGAGCGCAAACCCUCUAUCUAUGAUCACUACUCAAACAACAACCCAGACGGCGGCGUAUGGUACAAUGAAAUCUUCACGCCUGGUCCUACUAGCUACACGGCUAGUAUUUCCAAAGUCAAUACCAAGGAAGAAGAACCUGGGAAUCAAGAUGGGAUUCGGGUUGUUAGGGAGUUGAGAAUGCAGUCUGAUAAUGUUUACCAUACGCCUGAGUUGAGGGAUCUUUCGCCUCGCGGGAGAGGAGGUGAUUUGGAGAUGGCGGAGGGGGCGAGUAGUAGGAGUGUGGGGAAUGAGGGGAGGUCGAAUCCUAGUAUUGAGUGGGAUUUGGGGGAUUUUGAGUUUCCGGAUUAUAAGGAGAGGAUGAAUGCUCCUAUUUAG